UAUGGAAGUGUACUUGUUUUUCACCUGGGUAGUGUUAGUGGCAAGUGGCUUUGUUUCCCUAUUAUGUAAAAUCCACUUUUACAUGGUGUUUGGACAUAAAUGUGUUGGCAGUGUGUGAACACAACCACCCUUCAUUGAUAAAAUUCCACCCACUCCUUAUUUUUUCAUCCACAUUAAACCAAACCAGUCUCACUAGGCCUGGCGUUUUGAUUCUCUAAGCAAGAUGAUAGGGCUUGGAUGAGGAUGAGGAUGCAGCCUUCCGUUUGAGAAGCUACCAUUCGCCUCCCUCAUGGUAGCUAAAACCUGGAAUUACGAGCGUUGUGAGAUAAGAGAUUAUUCAAAUUUUUAUAUCUUUAUUACCAUUCGCCUCUCUUAUGCUCUAAAAGUGAUUAGAAAUCUGAUUUGUUUCCUGAUUCGUUCUUUCGGAUGGAUAUACUUUUAAUGAACCAGUUAAAAAAAAUAAAAAAUGAUUCUGAGGUUAUUUUACGGUGGAACUGUCUUAUGUUGUUCACAAUUUUGAGCGCUGCACGACAGAAUAGACCAUGACGUGAUCGAGGGUCUUAAUCUUAUUUCCAUCUAAAAUAUAUUUUUUUAAACAUUUCUAUCAGCCAAUGAUAAUUCUAAAAGAAAACGUCACGAGUAUAGAUCAGUGGUCGAGAGCGCAUCUGAUUGACGGAUAAACCACGAGCUCUAUCAGUGUUAUUGUUAAUGUUCUGCUUAUUUUGUUUCAGUGUACAGUUUGUUAAUUUUGUACAAAGCAUACAGUUAAGUAAACUUCAUCAUUCAACUGAACUGUGCACGUUUAUUUUAGACACUUCUUGUCUUGUUCAAUUCAUGCAAUAAAUGCAUGUCCCUGCUGAGCUGUGGGCUAUGACUAAUUUCAAGGGCAAAGCAGACAAAAUUACAAUUUAUGUAUCGUCAUUUUUUACAAAUAAAGCUUCAUAUUAUGAGAAGGAUACUUUCUACGACCUUUUUAUCCUGCAGUCAUGGCAAGAUUAGGUUCCUUCAAUCUAAAAAACAAGAAUCGAAAACAACCGUGAGGAAUCAAUACUUGGAAUUGAAUCCCAUCGAUUCCAGAACCAGGAAUUAGAAUCGGACUCAAUUCCAAAAAUUUCGGAAUUGAACAGCCCUACAAGAUGACAUCACAUUGCAAAGGACAGCCCUGCAUUGCUAUAGUUUCCGCCCUCAGCGAUUGAACACUGUCCUCCAUGUUCUCUGCGCUUGAGCAGCUGUAAUAUAAACAACGAACAGACUGAACAUGAGUCUUAAUUUUUUACCAACAUCUGAGCUGCUGAGAACGCAGUGGAUUAGUUCUAUUUUUGAAGACCCGAUGGCACUGAAAGAAGAGAGUCAAGAACUGAAUGAAACCGAAGAGAAAGAUCAAAAUGAGAAACCGCAUGAUUUCAAACCUGGAGAAAAGUCAAUUGAUUGCUCACAGAAUGAAAAGAAUUCAACACCGACAAAAUCUCAAAAAAAGCAAACUACAACCUUCAAUUCCCACGAGAGACCUUACACCUGGCAACAGUGUGGAGAAAUUUUCAAUCGAAAAGAAAGCCUUAAAGUCCACAUGAAAAUUCACAUUGAAAAGAAACCGCUCACAUGCUCUCAGUGUGGAAGGAGUUUCACACGGAAAAGUCACCUUAGUAUCCACAUGAGAAGUCAUACUGGAGAGAAACCUUAUACCUGCAAACUGUGUGGGAAGAGUUUCAGACGAAAUGGAGAUCUUAAGACUCACAUGACAGUACACACUGGAGAGAGACCUGUAUGUAUUCAGUGUGGAAAGAGUUUCACACAGAAAAAAAACCUUAAAGUUCACAUGAGAAUUCACACUGGAGAGAAGCCUUACACCUGCAAGCUGUGUGGAAAGAGUUUCAUACGAAGUGGAGGUCUUAAGACUCACAUGAGAGAUCAUACUGGAGUGAAGCCUCACACCUGCAAACUGUGUGGAAAGAGUUUCACACGUCAAGAAAACUUUAAGAGUCACAUGAGAAUUCACACUGGAGAGAGACCGUUCAUAUGUGUUCAGUGUGGAAAGAGUUUCAUAUAUAAAGAAAGCCUUAAUUAUCACAUGUGGAUUCAUUCAAGAGAAAAGAGUUUUAAAUGUCAACAGUGUGAAAGGAGUUUCACAGACACAAAUCACCUUCAGGAUCAUGUUAAAAUUCACAUCGGAGAGAAGCCGUUCAUGUGCCAUUACUGUGGAAAGAGUUUAAAAAACAAUGCAAGACUUGAGAAUCACAUAAGAGUUCACACUGGAGAGAAACCUUUCACCUGCCCUCAGUGUGGAAAGUGCUUCACAGUAAAAAGGAACCUAAGGAUUCAUGAGAAUUCUCACAGGAGAGAGAUUCACAUAUCUAAACAAACUGAAACCUCAUUUGCAAACUCAUUCUGUUAAGAAAUUGCAGUUUCGGAGUGACAAGUCGUUUGAAAAAAGGAGUGAUUUCUUGGAUUACCCCCUUCUCAUUUCUUCAGAAAUGUACAGGAAUGGUAUUACAUUAAAAGUAAUAUCCCAAUUUUGAAACUUAUAAAUCCCCUGAGCAUCUUUAUCUUUGUAUGACAUCUGAACUCAAUUUGAAGGGUCUUAUUUCUAGAUUUGUUGUAUAUUUCAAUAACGCAAGGGUUCCUCCUACACAACAUUUGAAGAUGUCCUGGGAGAAAGACCUCCAGCAUAGAUAUUUCAGAAGACACUUGGACCGAGACCCUUCAAGGCAUUAGGUCGUGUUCCAUCAGCUCUUAACUUUCAGCUCAAUAGGGCCCAAGCACCAGUGGUGCGAGGACCCUCUUGGAAUUGCUGUUUCUUCUUCCUCUCCAAAGUGAAUCACAUUUUUGAGGGCCUAAAUAAGCUCCGAAACUUUGCACACUGGCAGAAAUUUACAUCUGAAAGGUGUUUCAGAAUUGGGAGUGGCAAAAUGGCUCGAUAGCGCCACCUAUAAAAUUUCAACGAAGUGCCCCUCUCGCUACGUUUCAUGUAUGUGUACGAAAUUCGGUAAAUACAUGUAAUGUCCCUACACCUACAGCGAAGUCCUAAACGCGAAAGAAAGUCAGCCAUUUUGAAUUUCCUCUAUGAUUUUUUUGAAGUUCUUGCCAUUUUCAGGCCUCGUACUUUAACAAACUCCUCCUACAGCUUUAAUCGGAUCAUCUUCAAAUUUUGUGAGUGUGAUCAUAAGGCGUUUGCAAUGUUAAAUUGUGAAGAUCUUGAGUUUUCGUCAAAGGUUGUGUCCCUGGCAGCCUGACAAAUUUUGGUUUUUCGCCAUGAAACAGGAAGUCGUUGUAACUCAGGCAAACAAUGUCCAGUCUGCCCCAAACUUCACACGUUUGAGAAGAGUCCUGGCCUGAACACAUCCCCAUGCCCAUAUUAAGUUAUAAUCAUAGCACCACAUACUGGCAACAGGAAGUGACAUGUUUAACACUGUUAUGAACUCCUUGCAACAUAUUGAAAAGUGCCAGCAAUUGUAAAUAGGCUAGCAACAUGCUAACACCUGUUAGCAACGCUUAGCUAUUUUACUGUGCUGCUAAUAGUGCAUCACAGCGCUAAACAUGUCGCUUCCUGUUGUCAGUAGGUGGUGCUAUGACAAACCGAAUAUGAGCAUGUAGAUGUGUUCAGGCCAGGACUCUUAUCAAACAUGUUAAGUUUGGGGCAGAUUAGAGAUUGCAUGCCUGAGUUACAGUAACUACCUCUUUCAUUGUGUUAAUGGCAGUGUUUUUUUAGUUCUGUUUAUGCAUUUUAAGUGCAUUUUCUGUAUGCGUGUGUAUAUAAAUUUGUAUGUGCAAUGUGAUCUCCUGAGAAUUCAUAUGUAUUUUAUGUAAAAUAUGGUUCUAUAAAACAUACAUUUACUUGUAUGUUUUAGUGUCUGUGCAAACAGUACUGCCGUAUUUACAGCAUUAAACGUACAUUACUGACAUCACCAAAAAUGUCAAGUUUUGUGUUCAACUUAGAAAUGAAUCCUUGUGCUUAUUUGAAUCAUUAAUGGAACUUCAUUUAAGGUUACAACAUUUCAGAAAACACUUUCCUGUCUGAA